AUGGUCGGAAACCCUGAGCAGGCUGCCUACAUUAUUGUCUGGCGUACGCUGGAUGACUUGAAGAAUUUCCAGUCCUCUCCUGCCUGCUCAGAGUUUCUGCAGAGCCUCCCCGAGAACGACAACUUGCAAGUCUCUAUCGAGUCCGGCUCAGCACUGAGAUACCUGACCUUGAACAAUGCUUCAUCGUCGUCACCGCCGGCGCCGUCGCGGUUUCUCACCUUUGAACACGUCAAUGGUUAUCCGACGGCGGAUGUGGAGGGCCUAGUGACCUUCACCGCCUUCUUGGUACCGCGCAAAGACGAUUCCGUAAGGAGGACAUGGUACGAGAACUUGGCAAUAUUUGACCGUGUGGUUCUGAGUGCUUACGGAAGACCACUGGAUGGAAAAGAAAUUUGGGAAGCCGGAGCAGACCCAGGAAGACAUCCAAGGUCGGACAAUCAUCUGCGAGUUUCGCCUCUGGCCACGUUCAUGCGACGUCACUCCGGAGCACGAAGAGGCAUCGGCGACGGCCCCGCAGGCGAGGGAACCGUGGGAUCAAGCUGUGGCGAAGGUGAUGCCUCCGGUUACGGCCUGGGAACAGGAACGUUGGGACAUUCGGAAAGUGCCGCGUUUUAUCCCCCCGAGGAGAUGGAUCCGGAGGACCUUGAGUAUGAACAAGAGUUGGAAAAAUUCCGGGAGGAACUUCUCCAACGCAACGAAUCGGCAGGGUGA